GUAUAUUUUUGUUAGGAUUACUAUAUUUUACUCCUACUUGAAUCAUGUUUAGGAUUACUAGCUUAGUUAUUCUGCUCCAACCAGCCCUGGUCUCUGCUUUAAAUUGGAGAUCCUGCACAUCUGUCAUAAAUCAUGGAUCUGUAACAGAGUGAGAGCUCUGUCUGCUCUCUCCAGUCUUUGGGGGCCACUGGCCCUUUAAGAUGGCAGGAAGCGCCCACACCUAAGCCCCCCUUCCUCCUCCUCAUCCUCUCAAACACAUUGUUCUGCUGCUGCCGGCCAGAAGCCGCUUCCCUCCCGCCACUGCAGCCCCCCGAGCCCCCCAGAUACACUGCUUGUUCUCUGACAGCAAGAGGGAACCGGGACCCAAACUGGGGCCGGGAUUGGCUUCAGGACCAGGUCCAGGACCGGAACAGGGUCUGGGUCUGUUUGUACAGGGCAGGAACUCUGAUGGAUCCACCGGUUCUGGCAUGAGGAGACAAAGAGGGGAGGACGGCAUGACUGGAGAGACAGGAACGAACUCAGGUAGCCCUACACUGAGGUGAACCACAUCGGGAUUGGUGGUUGCCAUGGCGCCUAGGCCAUCAUCAGGUGAACUAUGGGGACUCCAUCUGAUGCCCCCUCAGAUCCGGGUGGACUGCUGCCUCCCUAAUGGGAUGAUGGUGAGUCUGGAGUGCCUUAGAGAAAUGCCCCUCAUCAGCAUUAAGCAGCAGCUCUUUAUAGAGGCCAGGAAGUACCCACUCUACCACCUGCUUCAGGAAGAGUCAUGCUACAUCUUUGUGGGCGUGACCCAGGAGGCAGAGCGAGAGGAAUUCUACGAUGAGACUCGUCGCCUGUGUGACCUGCGACUCUUUCACCCAAUCCUGAAGGUCAUUGAACCGCUGGGAAACCGUGAGGAGAAGAUUCUGAACCGGGAGAUUGGGUUUGCAAUUGGGAUGCCAGUUUGUGAGUUUGAGAUGAUGAAGGACCCAGAAAUCCAGGACUUCCGUCGCUCCAUACUGAGUGUGUGCAGAGAAGCCAUGGAGGAGAGGGAAGGGGGUGGGGCCCACAGUCAGGCCCUAUAUGUUUAUCCCCCUAAUGUGGAGUCUAGCCCUCAUUUGCCCCCACACAUCUACAGCAAGCUGGACAAAGGCCGGCUGAUCGUGACCAUCUGGGUGAUUGUGUCUCCAUCUAACUCCAAACAGAAGUACACUUUGAAGGUGAACCAUGACAGUUUACCUGAGCAGCUGAUUGCUGAAUCCAUAAGGAAGAAGAGCCGAUCAAUGCACCUGUCCCCUCAGCAGCUGCGUCUCUGUGUGCAGGAGUACCAGGGCCAGUACAUCCUGAAGGUGUGUGGCUGUGAUGAGUACCUAUUAGAGAAGUUUCCUCUCAGCCAGUACAAGUACAUUCGUUCAUGUAUUAUAGUGGGACGUCUUCCCCACCUGAUGCUUGUGUCCAAAGACAGUCUUUACUCUCAGCUCCCUGCCUCUGGCUUUGUCACGCCUUCCUACAGUCGGAGGACUCCUCAGCCAUCUCCCUGUCCAGGAGGAGUGGAUGGUUCUCCUCCUCGUUCUCUCUGGGCCUUCAACACUCUACUAAGGGUCCGGCUGCUCUGUGCCACCUACGUCAACGUCAACAUCAGGGACAUUGACAAGAUUUAUGUAAGGACAGGUAUCUAUCAUGGAGGAGAGCCACUCUGUGAUAACGUCAACACACAGAGAGUCCCCUGUUCCAACCCCAGGUGGAAUGAGUGGCUGACCUAUGACAUCUACUUGGCGGAUCUUCCUCGAUCAGCCAGACUCUGUCUUUCCAUUUGCUCUGUAAAGGGGAGGAAAGGAGCUAAGGAGGAGCACUGUCCUCUGGCCUGGGGGAACGUCAACCUCUUCGACUACCAGGACAUCUUGGUCUCUGGUAAAGUGGCUCUCAGUCUUUGGCCAGUACCUCACGGCCUCGAGGACCUUCUCAAUCCCAUUGGAGUUGCUAGUUCAAACCCCAACAAGGAGACUCCCUGUGUGGAGCUGGAGUUCUCCUGGUUCAACCAGACAGUGGUGUUUCCUGACGAACAGCAGAUUGAAGAACACGCCAACUGGACCAUCAGCAGAGAGUUGGGCUACAACUACUGCCUAGGACUGAGCAGCCGUCUGGCCUGUGACAGCAGUGUUUCAGCCGCAGAUGCAGAGCAGCUUCAUUCUCUUUGCUCCAGAGAUCCACUGUAUGAGCUGUCUGAGCAGGAGAAGGACUUCCUCUGGAGACACAGACAUUACUGUGUUAACAUCCCAGAAUCUCUUCCUAAGCUGCUUCUUUCCGUCAAAUGGAACUCCAGAGAUGAAGUGUCACAGAUGUACUGUUUACUGAGGGAAUGGCCACUGAUGGAGCCGGAGUCAGCUCUAGAGCUGUUGGACUGUAACUUUCCGGAUCCGAUGGUCAGGGAGUUCGCUUUGCGCUGCCUGGUACAGGGCCUGACGGACGACAAGCUGUCGCAGUACCUGCUGCAGCUCGUACAGGUGUUGAAGUAUGAGAUGUACCUGGACAACCCGUUGGCUCGAUUUCUCAUCAAGAAAGCUCUAACCAAUCAGAGGAUAGGACACUUCUUCUUCUGGCACCUUAAGUCAGAGAUGCACAACAAGACUGUUUCCAGAAGGUUCGGUCUACUGCUGGAAGCUUUUUGCAGAGCCUGCGGCAUGUACCUGAAACACCUAAACAGACAGGUGGAGGCCAUGGAGAAACUGGUGAAUCUCACUGACACACUGAAGCAGGAGAAAAAAGAUGAGACUCAGAAAACUCAGAUGAAGUUCCUGGUUGAACACAUGUCUCGUCCAGACUACAUGGAAGCUCUUCAAGGAUUUGUCUCUCCUCUGAACCCAGUUCAUCAGCUGGGAAACCUCAGACUGGAGGUGUGCAGGAUCAUGUCCUCGGCCAAGCGCCCCCUGUGGUUGAACUGGGAGAACCCUGACAUCAUGUCUGAGCUGCUCUUCACCAACAAUGAGAUCAUCUUCAAGAACGGAGACGACCUACGUCAGGACAUGCUGACGCUCCAGAUAAUUAAGAUCAUGGAAAACAUCUGGCAGAACCAAGGCCUGGACCUGCGCAUGCUGCCGUACGGCUGCCUGUCCAUUGGGGACUGUGUGGGUCUGAUCGAGGUGGUGAAGAACAGCUUCACCAUCAUGCAGAUUCAGUGUAAAGGAGGCCUGAAGGGGGCGCUGCAGUUCAACUCCAACACGCUGCACCACUGGAUCAAGGACAAGAACCGUGGAGAGGCGUAUGAUCGGGCCAUUGACCUAUUCACCAGGUCGUGUGCUGGUUACUGUGUCGCCACAUUCAUCCUGGGAAUUGGAGACCGGCACAAUUCCAACAUCAUGCUUAAGGAAAAUGGACAGCUGUUCCACAUUGACUUUGGUCACUUCCUGGACCACAAGAAGAAAAAGUUUGGCUAUAAAAGGGAACGGGUACCCUUCGUCCUGACUCAGGAUUUCCUCAUCGUCAUCAGUAAAGGGGUCCAGGAGUCCACUAAGACGAAAGAGUUUGAGAGGUUUCAAGAGAUGUGCUAUAAAGCCUACCUGGCCAUCCGUCAGCAUGCCAGCCUCUUCAUCAACCUCUUCUCCCUCAUGCUGGGCUGCGGCAUGCCUGAACUGCAGAGCUUUGAUGACAUCGCCUACCUGCGGAAGACCCUCGCCCUGGAGAAAAGCCAGCAGGAAGCGUUGGAGUAUUUCACCAAGCAGAUGAACGACGCCCAUCAUGGAGGAUGGAGCACCAAGAUGGACUGGAUCUUCCACACCAUCAGACAUAUGCCCAACGAGCACUGACACACACACACACACACACACACACACACACACACACACACACACACACACACACACACACACACACAC